AUGGCAUCCUUCGACCCCUUCCUCCUCACCCCGCUAGACCACUGUCUCGUGGUCGGUGGCAUCAGCGCAUACGGAUGCAACUACUUCACCUUCCAGACGCCCAACGCAGACGACGCCCUGGAGGCUCUCCAUGCCGGCGUCGCGCGUCUGGUCCGUGAGCUGCCCUUCCUCAGCGGCGAGGUGGCGCCCCGCGACGGCGAUCCCCGCCAUCAGCUAGAGAUCCGGCCCUCGGCGCCCGAGCGAUUCGAGUCCCAUCCCAUGGUCUUCGUUCGGCACGUGCAUAAGCCUCUCCCUGCGCUGUCGGAAAUCGGUCGCGCCAUUGACGCGGACGGCGAUAGUGCGUUUCGACCUCUCCCGACCAAGGGUCCCGAGGGAUUCAAGCCUGUACUGCGGUUCCAGGCGAACCUGUUCCACGGGGGUAUCGUGCUCUGCUUCUGCUGGAAUCAUCUCUUGAUCGACGGGCCGGCGGUCAGCAGCAUCAUCAAGGCGUUCGCGAAAUGCUGUCGCGACGGCGACGAUGUGUCCUUGGCCGAAGAAAGACGGCAGAAUGAUCUCGCCAGGGAGAUCAUUUUCGAUAUCAUCAAUCGUCCUGCCCCCGAGGGUAACCCAGCCGACGAGAUCGAACUGCGUGAGCUCGCGCCCUUCUCGACUGAGGAUAUUCUCCGAGAGACGCUCCCCCUGUCGCCGCCGCUCAUCGAGGAGCUGAAAUCCGCCUGUAACAAACAUCUGUCCGAGUCCGGCCGGACGGACCAAUACUGCGCCACCAACGACAUCAUCAUGUCGCUGUUCUGGAUCGCCACUGCCCGCGCAUCCAUCCCGCAGGAGAAGCGCUGCUACUCGAUGCACUUUUGCGUGACGAUGGGGAAGCGAUCUCAGCCGCGCAUCCCGGAUUCGUUCAUGGGGUCGACGCUUUUCCUGGAAGGGGCGCAAGUCGGACCGGAAGAGAUCGCUGACGCGUUGGCCUCCAUUGACUCCUCUUCAUCGUCUGCUCUUCCCACCGCGUUUAUCCCCCUCCUCGCGACCCUGGCGUCGCGUAUCCGCGCUAAGAUCCUAACCACCGACGAUGCGCAUCUCACAAGGAGCGUGCACGAAUUGUACAAGAGCGCCGAGUGGGACGCGCAGCCGGCCAAAUUGGGCGAUAUCCUGUUCAGCAAUUUGUCGUUUAACACGUGCUAUCUGCAGGACUUUGGGUCACGGUUGGGCCACGUUCAGGCGUUUGAGCCGCGCACGGUGUAUCCUAGUAUCGGGUAUUUGAAGCCUCGGAAGCCGGUGGAGGGUGGGCUGGGUCCGUGGGAGAUGACGGUGAUGUUUGAGAAGGAGAGGUUAGAUGUGGUGAAGAAGGAUGUGUUGUUGGGAUGGGUGAGGGGGGGCUUGUAA